GUGUAGUGAGAGAGAGAGCAUGCAAGGCCCGCUUCUCGACGAGCUACAGCAGAGAGCGGGAGAGAGAGGAGGGGGAGGAACAUGAAGCGGUUCUUCCGGCCCGUGGAGAAGGACGGCUCCUUCAAGAAGCCCUCCCUCUCCUCCUCCUCCUCCUCCGGCGACGGCGCCGCCGCCGCCAUCGCCGGAGGCUGCGGCGGCGGCGGCGGCGGCGGAGGUGGGGGAGAAGCUGAGACGAAGGGGAAGAAGGAGAGGGAGGAUCCGGUCAAGUUCGUCACAUGGAACGCGAACAGCCUCCUCCUCCGCAUCAAGAACGACUGGGCCCUCUUCUCCGACUUCGUCCGCACCCUCGACCCCGACGUCAUCUGCAUCCAGGAAGUGCGAUUGCCUGCAGCUGGGUCGAAGGGUGGACCUAAAAAUCCUGGCGAGCUGAAAGAUGAUACAAGCGCUUCGCGCGAGGAAAAGCAGGUGGUGAUGCGUGCCUUAUCGAGUUUACCUUUUAAGGACUAUCGUGUGUGGUGGUCUCUUUCAGAAUCCAAAUAUGGUGGAACGGCUAUGUUUAUUAAGAAGCAAUUUCAGCCAAAGAAGGUCUCUUUCUCCUUAGAUCGAAAAGUUUCAAAGCACGAACCAGAUGGCCGUGUUAUUAUUGCUGAAUUUGAGUCAUUUCUCUUACUGAAUACAUACGCUCCUAACAAUGGCUGGAAGGAGGAGGAAAAUUCAUUUCAAAGGAGAAGAAAAUGGGACAAAAGGAUGCUAGAAUUUGUUCAGAAUGUGGAUAAGCCUUUGAUUUGGUGUGGUGACCUCAAUGUCAGCCACCAAGACAUCGAUGUGAGCCAUCCUGAUUUUUUCAGUAGUGCAAAGCUUAACAGAUACAUCCCUCCAAAUAAAGAGGACUGUGGACAACCAGGAUUCACCUUAGCAGAGAGACAGCGCUUCGGCAAUAUAUUGUCCCAAGGAAAGCUGAUAGAUGCUUACAGAUAUCUACACAAAGAAAAAGAUAUGGAAACUGGCUUCUCGUGGUCCGGCAACCCUAUUGGCAAGUAUCGAGGUAAGAGAAUGCGAAUUGACUAUUUCAUUGUUUCGGAGCUGCUAAAGGAUAGAAUUGUCUCAUGCGAAAUGCAUGGGCAUGGAAUUGAAUUAGAAGGCUUUUACGGGAGCGAUCACUGCCCUGUCUCACUUGAGCUUUCGAAGGAAGAACGCGAGCCUGAGGCUUGCAGCUAGCUCGAAUUUUGUAUACAUUACCAUGCUCUUAGGGUUCUCUUAUUAUGUAAUUUCCUCUAGUUAGCAUCAAUGGUGCCUCCCUUAAACAAACAAUUGCUAACAACAGUAAUCAAAGUAUCUGGUUUCUCAUUUCUGGUA